AGGGCCGGCCACUCAUCUCCUCGUUCCCAUCAGCCGCCUCUGCAAGCGACCCCCUGCCCGCCACCAUGGUGCACUGGACAGCCGAGGAGAAGCAGUUCAUUACCAGCCUGUGGGGCAAGGUGGACGUGGCCGAAUGUGGGGGCGAAGCCCUGGCCAGGCUGCUGAUCGUCUACCCUUGGACCCAGCGGUUCUUCUCCUCCUUCGGGAACCUCUCCAGCCCCACGGCCAUCCUGGGCAACCCCAAGGUGCGGGCCCACGGCAAGAAGGUGCUGACCUCCUUCGGGGAGGCCGUGAAGAACCUGGACAGCGUGAAGGCCACCUACGCCAAGCUGAGCGAGCUGCACUGCAACAAGCUGCACGUGGACCCCGAGAACUUCCGGCUCCUGGGCGACAUCCUGGUGAUCGUCCUGGCCUCCCACUUCGGGAAGGAGUUCACUCCGGCCUGCCAGGCCGCCUGGCAGAAGCUGGUGGGCGUGGUGGCCCACGCGCUGGCCCACCAGUACCACUGAGCCCCCGCAGCGCCCCGCGGGAGGGAGAGAGCCGGCCUCGGUCCAGGCACACCGGCGUGGCGCGCGUGGAAAGGCCCCUCGGGGCACCAAUGGCUGUAACAGUCCAAUAAAACCCACCCUGCGCUUGCCGACA